AUGUGGGGCCUGCACGCAAGGCUGGUGGAGCUCCUGCGGGAAAAGGACAGCGACGUGGUUAGGAUGAGCAUCGUUCUCCUCAGCUCUCUGUUCCCGUACAACGGCACCACAAUAUCAACCCCCCUCGCCCUGCAGCUGGCUGACAUGCUUCUUCCGCUCUUUGACAACGAUGACAGCCAGGUGCAGUUGAGCUCCAUGUUCAUCUUCCGAGAGCUGACGGUUUUUUCAGCCGAAAGGAUCCAAACAGCCCUGAAGUCCCACGUGCGCCAGAGCCUGCUCCCACUCUCCUUCCACUGCCACGACGAGAACCAGCGCGUGGCUGAGGACUCCCGGGCAACGCUGCGUUCUUCAGCCAGGUACCUGCAGAGGAAGGAUCUCCAAGAGAUGCUGCAGGAGGAGCAGACCUGGAGUUCUGGCGUGCACCUGCUCCUCUGGGCAUCAAGCCCACGCUGGCAGCAGCAUCCGCAGCCCCACGCCCUUGAAGACAAGGCAGAGGACGUGAGCCCUGCCAUCAGAAGCCAGGCUCUCGAAACUGCCUUUCUCCUGCGGGCGGUAGAGAGAGCUUCGGGCUCCAUCUUGCAGAAGCUGCACCAUCGCUUCCGCGGGGCACGCAGCAAACGGCCUUGUCUGUGGGGCCGUGGCCGGCUCUGCUGCUGGAGCUCUGAGGAGAGCUGA